AUGGGUCGAUACAGUGGCAAAAAAUGUCGUCUCAUCACCAUGUUUUGGUUGACUACAUUUUUCUUUUUGGUGGAGAUUAUUGUCGGCUAUAUAACCAACUCAAUGGCCCUUGUUGCUGACAGCUUUCAUAUGCUUAGUGACAUAGCUGCUUUGGUAGUCGCAUAUUUAUCAGUAAAAGUAAGUGGUUCUUGAAGAUCAAAGUAAAAUGAUUCAUAUGCAGUCGUUUUUAUUGUUGAACACUCAUUAUGUUAAAAUAAUUAACUUUUUUCACAGCUAAUUUUUUUAAUAGUUUUCCAAUCAAGCAGCUCUUUUUAAUUGUUACUUUACUAUUAUUUUUUAUCACCCUUAUUUUUGCAGGUGGAACAACUACUUACUUUUGAUUAAAAAUAUAGAUGACAAAAAAUAUUGGUAAUGUAGAUAGCAACUUUAGAGCUGCUUGAUUCUCAAAGUUUGAGUUUAUUUUUGGAAAUAUGAAUGUUAAGCAAUAAAAGGACCACUAUAGAACAGCCCAAAAAAAAUUUUUUGAUAUAUAUAUCUAAACCAAUAUAAUAGUUUAAAUAUUUUGUUAAAGUAUAAUUAUAUUUUAUGCAUUUUUCAUCAAAAGUUAUUAAAAUUAAGUAUAAAUACAAUUCAUAAAUUGGAUCUAAUCAGUGAUAUUGUCAUGAUUAGUUUUGUUUCCAUCCUUAUAAAUAUAUAAUUGAUUAAAUAUUUAAUCAGUGGUAGUACCUAAGUAACUUAAAUAAUUAACUGCUUGCUUUGGAUAAUUAUAAUUAAUUUAUAAAAAAAGUUUGAUAUUAUUUUAUUUGUAUAAUAUGCACAAAUAUGCUCUAAAAAUGUACAAAAUCCUAAAAUAUGUCCUAAAAAUCCAUAAACUACAAAAUAUCUAUGCAAUAUGGUACUUAUCGGUAAUCGGACUACCGCAGUAAUAAGAUGAUAGAGAUUUUGAGUGGUGGUUAUUAUUAGUAUCAGUUAUCAGUACUUAUUGAUUAUUCCAUCUAUAAUGCAUUUUCACUUUACCCUGUUACUUAUACCUGACAUAGUUUUACACAACAAAUCUAGGGAUAUUAUUAAUUAAAAUUGUACAAGUUUGCACAGUAAAAAGAUAAAUAAAAAUAGAAAGGAAGUUGAAAUAACCAAUAAGUACCUGCAAUUAAAAAUAUUAUAUAUAGAAGCAUUUGGUUAUAAAAUACAUUUCAGUAUUAGUUAUUUUUUUGAUCAACCAAUGAAAAUAUGUAAAAUAAUAUAAAUAUAAGCAAUUAAUUAAAUAAAAAAUAAUUACUAAAUACAACACAUUUCACAAUUUCAAGUAGUAUUAUAAAUAUAAUAUGCAUACAUGUUAUACACUUAAUUGCAAUAAAAAUGUAAGCAGACUAUUGUUAUUAUUAUUAUUUAUACAAAAUAGCAUAGAUCAUGAAUUUAACAUUUUAGGUUUCUAAUGAUAACAAUAUAAUAAUAUACUAGCAAAGUUGAUGAAACCAUGAAAUUACUUAACACUAUCAAAGAAUGAAAAUGAAUAUGAUCAGCCAUGUUCUGAGACACGGAAGAUGAACUUCUAUAUACUAUAAUAGAAGGGAAGAUAGAGGGUGACCAAAAACAUCUUACAUUAAAAAAGUUAUAUUGAUGCAAGUCUAACAAAUGACAAAGAAUCGAAAAUGCUUUCUGGUGACAGAGAUGGAUAGAGAAAAUUGCAGUCACAGCUAGUCUACUAGAAACCUUACUCUAAUUCAGUGGUGUGCAACUUUUUUUGAUCCACGGCCCCCAAAUUAAUUUAUUUCGAUGAGGUGGCUCCCAUCCUACUAACAUUACAUAAGUGUAUAAUACGUAUAUAUUUACUUAAUGCAUACAAUAAUUAUAGUCAUAUAAAUUAAAUCGUUAAUUUUAGGUAAUUUUAAUAUGUGUUUAAUUAAUUCAUUAAUAUUAUGAUUUUGAAUUAAAAAAUUAUAUGAUUUACUGAGACUAUAAUGUGUUUUUUUUGCUAUCUGAACAAUUUACUCUUCUACCAAAAGUAUGGACUAUAACACCUUUUCUGAAAGAUAAUUUUCUCUCUUUGGUGCAUUGGGGAGGUCAUUUUUUGAUUUUCCAAGUAAUCAGGAAAACCGAAAAAAAAUUGUUUUAAGUAAAACAGCAAAUAUUAACGUUUUCAUUAUUUUUAUUAUGUUAACGCAAUUUUUUCUACCAGAAAUAUUGCUCCAAUUCAAAAAUGACAUAACAUCGAUUUUAUUCCUUAUAAUAUUUUGCCACUGACAGAGUUGAAGAUCGAUUCCCACUGAUCCGGGCCGGAGCCUUUCCUGGUUUUAAAAAAUUAUUUUCUUAUUGAUUUUAUAUCUUACAAUUCAAAAUUGUCUUGCCGGAUCUGAGUCGAAAAAAUAUUGUUCCAAACAAUUCGCUCUCCGGGUUCCCGGUCGGGUUUACGCUGAUUCGGACACUUCGCGACCAGUGUGAAUAAUAAACCAGGCUGUGUCGCGUGUUUUUCAUUAAUUUGUCAUUCGUAUAAAUUUCGAAAAAGCCAUCGGUCGUUAAUUAAAUUUAAGUUGUUUAACUAAAAUAUUUAACAAUAAUUUUAAUAUUUAACUUUAACCAUUUUAACAAUGGAUGCCUAAAAACUCAUGGAGUUGGUGCGCCGACACCCGGGUCUUUAUUGUUAUUUAUGAUAUGAUAUAUUUAGUACUUACUUGAAAUAAUAGGCAUACAGAAAACACGUGGUUUUUGUUUCGAUUGUGACUGAUGACUGAAUUAAAAUAGCAUGUUGUAAAUAAAAUAAAAUUGUAAACCCGGACUAGUGUGAAUACAUGAUUUGACUCAAUCCAGACGUGUCGUUUCGUAUCAUGUACCCGGCUCGGACCAAUGGGAAUCGACCUUUAGUCGUUUUUCGAUACCUAAAGUAGUUUUUGUAAUAAUUGGGAAAAACCAGCAAAUUAAAAUUGAUUAAUAUUUAAGGCAACAAAGUGCCACGGUUAAUUAUUUUAAUAUGUUCCAAUUUUUUUUUUCUAUUGGAAAUAUUAUUUCAAUCGAAAAAUGACAAGAGGGUCGAUUUUUGUUCUUUGAACACAACCACUGAUUAAGGAAGCAAUUUUUUACAUUUUAAGCAUUUUUCAUAAUAAUUAAGAAAAACCAAAAAAAGACGAAAUAUAAGAUUUUUUCUAAAUUUCAUUAUUUUAAAUUUUCACGGCUUAUGUUUUCUACCAUAAAUAUUGCUGCAAUAGAUAAACGAUUAGAGACGUUUUUUAUUCUAUUUUUAAUCUAGUUCAUGAAUAAGUUACUUUGUUUUUUUAAUUUUCUCUGUAGUUUUAUUAAUAAUUAGGGAAAAAACGUAAAAUGAAAACUGACAAAUGUAUGGCAUUAUAAUUUCCUUAUUUUACAUUUUUAUUGCUUGUUUUCUACUAUACAUAUUGCUCCAAUAAAAAAAUACGAAAAAAUAUUUUUUAUUGAAUUUUUUAUCUAGUUAGUGAACAAGUCUUUUUUAAAUUUUCUUUGUAGUUUUUUUUUAAUAAUUUAAGCAAAAUUGAAAAAAAAUACAGAAAGUACCAGAAAAUGUACGAAAAUAAUUUUUUUAUUAUUUUCAAUUUUUUUUUUUUUUUUUAUGUGUAAUUUGGUUUAGUAUAUUCAUAAAGACUUGACAUUUUGACAAAAAACUUUUUAUAUUUGCUUUUUCUAGGCAUUGUAAAAUGUUCAAAACAUUUGAGCUAAUUUUAGACAUUAUAUUUGCGAGUUUUGUACGCAAUUUUUAUUCGGUAGGUACUCUCUGGAUAAAUUUGUUAGACUAAAUAAAAAUGCUUAAAAAUUUAACAGGAGGUUUCUUAAAUAUAGUAAUUUGUGGUCAAAAAAAAAAAAUUAAGUUUUAUAUAGUAUUUUUUUAAAGGAAUUUUGACGAAAAUCGUUUAAGUAAAAAAUUAUGUGCAACAAAUUUAGCUACUGAUCUGUGUAAAUUUUUAAUUUUUGUUUGAUUUGAUCAUAUGUAUGCCUAGUGGUGGUAUGUAUCUGAUAUUAUUACAGGAAUUGUUAGUUAAACCUGAGUUUUGCAAAAACAAUGUUUUCAAAACCACGUCAGGUAUGUAACAUGGAAGAUAAAUUAAUUUUGUUUCACAAAAAAUAAAGUUGAGUAAUUAUUAUUAUUUUUUUUUUCUAUAAGUUUUAAAAACAAAUUUUGAAGAAAAUCAAAUAUGACCUUUCAAAACAAGUAUAAUCAAACUUGGUUCCGAAUCAUUUUUUUUCGUUUUCAAUCGUAUAUUUUUGGUAACAGAUAUAAAUUAAAUAACUUUAUGUAUCCCACCUUCUUCAUUCUACCCACUUACACCGCUCCAGUAUCAGCCUUUUUUUUUCAAUUGGGUUUUGUGUAAGGAAUACAUAUAAAGAGAAAUAAAAUUUUUAUUUUCAUUUCUUAAUCACUGAAAAAAAAUACCUUUUAUUUUAUCAAUUAAAAUUUGUAUAAAAUAUAUUAUUCUAAAAAUUUUAAUGUACCAUACCUUCAUAUCUGAUCAAUAAUUUCUUAGUAAUAACCGUUUUAAUUUCUAUGAUAAAAUCUUUUACAAAAUGGCUAUUUUGAAAAGUAAUUUUUUUUUCAGCAUUUAAGGGUUGUAAAUAUAAAUUUAAUUUUUCUUUGCAUAUGUACCCAUGUUGCACAAAAAGUGUGUUAAAAAAAAAAAAAAUGAACAUCAACAGAAUAAUUAAUAUAAGGAUAACACUGAAUACAAUAAUUAUUUCAAUUUAUGUAGUAAUAUUUAAUAGUAACCAAUAUAAACUUAUAAUUAACAUAUAAUAUUAUAACAAUAUCCAAGUAUAAAGUAAGAGAAAAAACCACAUGAUAAAGAAUUAGAAAAAAUAAUAAUUGCAAUAUUGGACUUUACCAAUAUUAGUUAAUUUUAUCCUACCAAAUCUCGUUUAUUAAAGUCCAAACUAUUUAAUUCAUUCGGAAUUUGACCAUUUUGUAUAUCCAUAGUUUUACCAAGAUUAAGCAAUGUCAGAAAUUGGGACAUUUGAGAUCCGAAAUUCGGAGAUUUAGCAACCCACAUUUACUGGUAAAUACUAGGUUUCACUGGUAUUUUUACUUUUACCAUAACAUUAAUAUCUACAACAUAUUUAAAACACUGCCCUAUUAUAAAAUCGACUAUUUAAUUUAAAUUAUGAAUAUGUUUCUACUUUGACAAAUACUGUGAGAAUAUUGUAUGAAUACAAAUUAUGUUCAUAUUAAGCAAUUAUAGCAACUAUUCAUUAAAGCAACUUUUUAAAAAUUGCACCAAAUUAUUAUCCUAAUUUUUGUAGAGUCUAGUUUAAUAAUUAAAUCAUUAUCUUUAGAUGUCGCCAAAAAAAUGGUCGAAAAACACAUUUGGUUGGGCAAGAGCCGAAGUACUCGGGGCACUAGUAAAUGCUGUAUUUUUAGUAGCUCUGUGUUUUUCAAUUACCGUUGAAGCAUGUAAAAGGUAUGUAUAUUAAAUAUAAAUUGUAUACAAAUAGUUUACACAAAUUGUAUUUUAUGAUUAUAUUUUUUUUUUAGGUUCAUUGAAAUAGAAACCAUUCAUAACCCUAAAUUCAUAGUUGUAGUUGGGGUCUUGGGAUUAUUUGUCAACAUUUUAGGAUUAUUUUUGUUUCACGGUAACAUAAUUAUUAUAUUUUUCUAAAGUUCAUGUUCAUAAUAUGUAACAUAAUUAAUUUUGACAAUUUAGCUCAUGGAGGAGGACAUGGACAUUCCCAUGGUGGUAUAUCGCGUAGUCAUACACGACUCACCCAAUUGGUAAGCGCAGGGGCAAGUGCCAAUGCCACAGAUGAUAACGAGAACGAUCAUCGUUUUAACGUGCCAACCAGUCAUGCCCAUAAUGAAUCAUCAGCCGGUCAUAUGAAUAUGCGAGGAGUCUUUUUACACCUUCUAGCAGACGCAUUAGGUUCAGUCAUUGUAAUUGUAUCAGCUUUGGUACGUAUUGAUGUUAAAUUUCCUCAUAAUUAAAUUCAAAUAGUCAACAAAAGUUUUUUUUUGUGUAUAAUUUACAGAUUAAUUAUUUUUAUUUUCAACUGAAUAUUCUUUUAGAGAAUACAAUUGGAAUCCCAACAUGUAUUGGCCUAUUGCCCAUUUUAAACAAAUUAGAAAAAUCACUUCUUGUUUAUAUGUUCAGGUUAUCUUAAUUUAAAAUAUUUAGCCACAAAAUGUGGAAUUAUUGAUGUAUUUAAUUAUGUAUGAAAUAAAUAUAAUUAAAACAACACUUACCUAUUCAAUAUUUAAUUAAUAUAAAAUGUUAACAAUAUACUUGUUUUUAGAUUGUGUGGUUAACUAAUUGGGAAUACCGUGAUUACAUUGAUCCUGCUUUGAGUUUAUUGAUGGUGAUUAUUAUACUGCAUUCAGUAUGGCCAUUGUUACAAGAGUCCGCACUCAUAUUACUUCAGACAGUUCCUACUCAUAUACAAGUGGAUGCCAUACAGCAAAGACUAUUAGAUAGAGUUGACGGAGUUUUAGCUGUACAUGAGUUUCACGUAUGGCAGUUAGCGGGUGAUAGAAUUAUAGCAUCUGCACAUAUUAGGUAUUUUUAAUUAAAUUAUAAACAUAUUUAAAUUAUUAAAAAUAUAUCACCAUAUUCUUUAGGUGUAGAAAUCUAUCAGAGUACAUGAAGUUAGCAGAGAAAGUUAAAGAAUUUUUUCACAAUGAAGGUAUUCAUUCAACUACUAUUCAGCCUGAAUUUGUAGAGGUUGAGGUAUGUGUACCAUAAUCAUAGUGUUCAUAGUUAUGAGUUUAAAUGUGCUAAUGUAUUACCUGUUAUAAUUAUAUUCAUUACAAAUUAUAGGUAACUGAAAAUUCUGAAAAGAAUGAAAACCAAACUCCUACGGAAGACUGUGUAUUGGAUUGUCCUAAAACAGAUAUACAAUGUCAACUGCAAACAUGUUGUGGCCCAUCAAAACAAGUAAAUGUGUUCAGAAUAUUUUUUUAUGAAAUUAUUAAAUAAUUAAUAUCGAUCAAUAAUAAUAAUUUUAUUAUUCAGGGUCGUGACACUCCAUCACCAGUUGAUACUCCGUAUUUGUGCAGACAGCGUAAUACUACUUCUGUAACUAUUGAUACCACCAACUGUUUACAAACCGGUAACACUCAAGAGAAUGAAAUGGAAAGUGGUGCCUUAUUAGGUGAUAGAAUUAACAGUUGUCGGACUUCUGGAGGAUUUCUGACUGGUGGAUAG